AUGGCAAACGCAACCAACGUGGAUGCCCUCAUCGUGGGGGCGGGCUUUGGCGGAAUCUACCAGCUCAAGCGAUUGCGAGACCUGGGUAUGAACGCCGUCGUCGUCGACAAAGCCAGCGACGUCGGAGGCACUUGGUACUGGAACCGCUAUCCCGGCGCCAUGAGCGACACCGAGAGCUAUCUGUAUCGUUUUACUUGGGACAAGGAGGACCUGCAAACCUAUCCCUGGGAAAACACGUAUCUUUCACAGAGCGAGAUUUUGGCCUAUUUGAAGCAUGUGGUCGCAAAGCACAACCUCCGGCAGCACAUGAAGCUGAGCACGGAAAUGCUAUCGGCCGACUGGGACGCCGACCACUGGCGAGUCACAGCGAGCACCGGAGAAGUCUUCCAUGCGCGCUAUCUGAUCACGGCUCUGGGUCUCUUGUCGGUUGCCGUGUAUCCCGACAUCCCUGGUCUGGACACCUUCAAGGGCCAGAAAUGCCACACGUCGGCAUGGGACCCCAGCAUCAAUUUGGAGGGCAAACGUGUUGGAAUCAUCGGCUGUGGCUCCACCGGGGUGCAAGUCAUCACUGAGAUAGCGGACAAAGUCGGCCAGCUUUAUUGUUUCCAAAGACAUCCCCAGUACAGUGUGCCCAGCGGGAUCAAGCCGGUCACGCCGGAAUACCGAGACUGGGUCAAUAAGAACUACGAGAAGAUCAUCGCCGACCAAAAGACCUCGUUGACCUGCUUUGGCAUCCCCGAAUCCACCACCCCCUAUAGCCAAGUCCCUCCGGCGGAGCGAGAAGCCGUGUUUGAGAAGCUCUGGGAAGAGGGCAACGCGUUCAGGUUCAUGUUCGCCGGAUUCUCCGACAUUGGGAGCGAUAAAGAAGCCAAUGAAGCCGCUUGUGCCUUCAUCCGGAAGAAGAUCGCUCAGAUUGUCAAGGACCCCGAAAAGGCUCGGAAGUUGACCCCCCACGACGCUUAUGCACGGCGCCCGGUUUGCGACCAUGGAUACUACAAACAAUUCAACCGCGACAACGUCGACAUCGUCCAUCUGCAGGAGGAACCUAUCCAGUCGAUCACCCCCACCGGGAUCAUGACCACGGCCCGCCACUACGACCUCGACGUUCUCAUUUUUGCCACGGGCUUCGACGCCAUCGACGGCAGCUAUAGCCGCGUCCUCAUCCGAGGUGCCAAUGGCCAAACUCUCAAGGAAUAUUGGAGCGACGGGCCCAGGGCCUACUUGGGACUCAACGUCUCGGGGUUCCCGAACAUGUUCAUGAUCACCGGUCCUCAAGGACCGUUCACGAAUGUGCCGCCCAUGAUCGAACAACAUGUUGACAUCAACACCAAGAUCAUUCAGCAUACCGAGGCGAUGAGACUUGCGACUGGCAGGGCCGUUGCUGAGGUUCGACAAGAGGCCGAGGACGAAUGGGUCGAACACUGUAAUGCAUUGGCGAAUGCAACUCUCUUCCCUCAAACCCCGUCGUGGAUCUUCGGCAACAAUGUCGAGGGCAAGCCGAUCGCCUCUAGAUACUACAUGGGCGGCAUGGUGAACUACUUGAAGUAUGUCAACACGAUGAUCCAGAACGGCUAUCGGGACUUCAAACCAAUCGGCCAGGCUGCGUAG